AAGCCAUUACCAAGCAUGGAAGCCAAGGGUGUCUUUACAAACAAGAAGAGCUCUAAGAAACCCAAACCAUGCAGCCCCACCAGUGACCUUUCUGGGCAGAUGAAAAUUGGCCUCCAGAACCCUCACCUUGGAAAAGGACAUGGCCUCUGGACACAUAAUCUUCACCAAUGGCAGGCAGGUUGUCAUAGAAUCUUCUCUUUACCACUCAGUCAUAUCUACUUACACAAGCAGUCAAGCAGUCAACAAAGAAGAAAUUUCUUUUUCCGGAGACAAAGAGAUAUUUCACACAGUAUAGUUUUGCCUGCUGCAGUUUCUUCAGCUCAUCCAGUCCCUAAGCACAUAAAGAAGCCAGACUAUGUGACGACAGGCGUUGUGCCCGACUGGGGAGACAGCAUAGAAGUUAAGAAUGAAGAUCAGAUUCAAGGGCUUCAUCAGGCCUGUCAGCUGGCCCGGCAUGUCCUCCUCCUGGCUGGGAAGAGUUUAAAGGUUGACAUGACAACUGAAGAGAUAGAUGCUCUUGUUCAUCAGGAAAUCAUCAGUCAUGAUGCCUAUCCCUCACCUCUAGGCUAUGGAGGCUUUCCAAAAUCUGUUUGUACCUCUGUAAACAACGUGCUAUGUCAUGGUAUUCCUGACAGCCGACCUCUUCAGGAUGGAGAUAUUAUCAACAUUGAUGUCACGGUCUAUUACAACGGCUACCAUGGAGACACCUCUGAAACGUUCUUGGUGGGCAAUGUGGAUGAAUGUGGUAGAAAGUUAGUGGCGGUUGCCAGGAGGUGUAGAGAUGAAGCCAUUGCAGCUUGCAGAGCAGGGGCUCCCUUCUCAGUAAUUGGAAACACAAUCAGCCACAUUACUCAUCAGAAUGGUUUGCAAGUCUGUUCACAUUUUGUGGGACAUGGGAUAGGAUCUUACUUUCAUGGACAUCCAGAAAUUUGGCAUCACGCAAAUGACAGCGAUCUACUCAUGGAGGAGGGAAUGGCCUUCACCAUAGAGCCAAUCAUAACCGAGGGAUCCCCCGAAUUUAAAGUCCUGGAGGAUGCGUGGACUGUGGUCUCCCUGGACAAUCAAAGGUCCGCCCAGUUCGAGCACACAGUGGUCAUCACGUCGGAGGGCGCUCAGAUCCUGACCAAACUGCCCCACGAGGCCUGAGGAGCGGCCCCACGAUGGCAGAGGCUGGGCGCCUUUUCUCCUAAAUUGCUGAAACCCAGUUGGAGAACUUUUAGUGGCACCGGCGGAAGGCUGGUCCGCUGUAGCCUACCUAGGACCUGGAAGCGCCUUGGAAAACCCGGCGGGGAUCGGGGGCGGUUGGGAACGCAGAUCUGAGGCCCGCGUGGCGGCGCGCUAGGAUGGACUGAUCCCGGAGCCGGACUGUUUCCCAGCUCGGGGAACAUUUCUUGAGGGGGAAUGGGACGCCCUCGUUUGGAAGAGGAGGGAUUCCUAUAGGUGCAUGGUUUUGUCUUUCCCUUGUCUUAACUCUGCCCAAGUAAAAGGCUUCACCUCUUAAA